CUCCAUCUUUGUAUCUCACAACAAAAAUAUUCCUUCCAUCUAUUCACGGAAAUAUGACACAGAUGGUGAGAACCAGCGCAAUUUUAAGUGUAAUUCUUCUAUUAUCAGUGCAGCUACUUCAUUUGAAAAUGGUUCUUGCAGCCACCUUCGUGGUCGGAGAUGCCGCCGGUUGGACUUUCAACGUGGCAGCUUGGCCCAAUGGGAAACAUUUCAAGGCUGGUGAUCAACUUGUGUUCAAAUAUGAUCCGAAUGUGCACAAUGUAGUGGCUGUGAAUCGAAAUGGCUAUGAUUCUUGUGCCAUUUUGCCGCCAAACGCCCCAGAAUUUACAUCGGGGCAUGAUCAGAUAAAGCUUAAAGCAGGACCAAACUACUUCAUUUGCGGCGUCCCGGGGCACUGUGAAGGAGGAAUGAAGAUAGCCGUGAUUGCAAAAUAGAAUGGUAUUGAGAUCGAUCAGCUUGUAGGCUGAAGAAUUAAUCAUUUAUGCUUACUUUUGUGAGUUAAAAGUUGUAAACGGUCGAAACCAUUGAUAAAUAAAAUAAGAUUAUUUGAUGUUUUA